GUGUAGUCUGCUGCUUCUGCUCUCCUGCAGAGCAGCCCUGGACAUCCACUCAAUCUAGUGUCUGAGAACUUUUUCUUCAGUGAGCGGCCACAAGGACCUUGAGCAAGCAGAAACCCAACACAUCCAGGAAGGGGCGGAGCUAAAGUCGCUACCGGAACCGGAAGUAGCUCUGUCAACCAUUUCACGGCACUUGCCUGGAGGCUCCGGACAGUUAAGCGUCUGUUCGGUGCUGAGGUAUUUUUAAGGGUUUUGAAGAGGGACUGUAGAUUCUGUGACUGGAGAGGUGUGUGUGUGGGUCAUUAAAGUGGAUUUUGGCGUUGGUAAUGGCGGGGUCAGGUAAUGGGUUGGAGUCGGGAUAGUGACUUGUUGCAGUUUGAGUUGAAAGCAAGGGGUCACUAAUUUCCGUCUUUCUUUUCUCAUAUUUUUGUCCUAAAGUUCCACAUUUGGGUAUGUAUUGCUUUCGGUCUUAUUAAGUGAUAAGUUUUUUCCAAUUUCAGUUAUUUUACUUUUUACCAAGAGUUACUUAAAAGUGCCUUUUCAAUUUUCAAAAGUUAAACCGUUUAUUAAUUUCAAAUGCAACUUAUUUGUGCCUUAUGUGAUACUCAUUCAUUGGAAUGUGUUCAGACUUCCUUUAAGGCUAAUUUCAGGGUCAGUUUUUUAUUAAUAUUAUAUCUCUAGCUCAAUAAUAGUGUGAGUUCUCCAACUGAUAAUGGUCUUAUUCAAAAGUGUAUAUUCUUUCAGUGUGUGUGCCUGCUCUUUUAAUCACUGAAAGUGAUUUGUGUGUGUGUAUACAUAUAUAUGUGUAUAUACAAAAUGUAUGUGUGUGUGCAUAUCUAUAUCUAUAUAUGCACACACACAUAAAUUUUCAAAAUUUUUGUAUAUUUAUAUAUUUUACUUGGUGUCACUGGGUUCACAUAGGAGUACUUUUCAGAAUAAAGAUCACAAAAUUAUUCUAGGUAAGUGAGUCAGGGCAGACAGGUCAUGAUCUGGCAUGUGCAUGUGAGGAGUGGGGGUGGAUAGGGCUUGGCAUGGCCUAGGACAUGGAAGGUAAGGCAGAACUGGGUAUGUACAGGAAGUGGGAGAAUCAAAUGAGGCUGAGAGAGUCUGGGAAGAGGGAAGGGCCUUGUAUGUUUGUAUGAGGCAGGGUUAGGUAUGCCUUGGCGUAGUGUAUGGGGCUCACAGGGCUGGGACUGUAAGGUGAGACAGAAUGUGUCCAAGAGGGCAGUCUGGCAGGCGGGACCUGGAGAGACUGGGUAGGGCAGGCAGGUGGGUGGAGCAUGUCUGAGGUGUGGGGUCAUGCAUGUUUGGGUGGGCUAGGCAGAGGUGGUUUAUUUCGGUCCAUGGUACAGGGCAAGCAGGGUUGCAAGUAUGUCCUGAAGGAUGGGGCAGGGCAGGCUGUAUUGACCAACUGUGAAGGAGUGUAGUCCAGCCUUUUUGGGCAGAUAGGCAGGGCUUUAUGCAUUUCAGUGGGCAAAAUGGGGGUGAAAAGGACCAGCCAGGUGUGUCUGGAUAAAGUGGGCAAGCAGGGACAGGUGGUGCCAUUCAGUCCCAGGCAGAUGCAGUGGGACCUGGCCAUGUUGGCCAGAAGGUGGGACCAGGAGUGUUGGGACAGGGUAAGUCUGUUUCCACUCAGUGCUGACCCAGAGUCCUCCUCCCAUCAUCACAGGAGCCCUACUUGUAAUUCCUGGUCUCUGGUGAGUUUUGGACAUAGGGUGGAUGGGGGAGUGGAGCUAGUGCAAGGGUUUGCCCUUCACACUGCCCACUGCCCAUUCAACCACAGCUUCCUACUUUGGAAUGCAGAAGUCCAGGCUGUCCCAGAAGUACCAGGUGCUGGCAGUGCCAUUAGCAAUAAAAGAGGCCUCUCAGAUAACAGCCUCACUCCAGCUGUUGUCUGAAAAGGACCUUCCUCAGGGCUGAAACCUAUGCCAGGACAUUUGGAGAGGGGACUUUAGACAAAGCCUGAUAAGUGUAUGGCAGGCCUCUGGGUGGAAAGAAGGGGACAGUGAAGACAGAGAGGGUCAUCAGUUUGGAGAAUGAAGUGAGGCAGUGUCCAAGUAUCAUUUAAGAAACAAGUUGAGAAGACCUGCCAGCAUUUUCCUGGCCUACAGUCCUGGAUGAGUGACACUGAGAAGUUUCCGCUCCUGGAUCCUGCAAUGCAGAAAGCAGCAGUGAAAGUGAAGACAAAGAAGUUGAAUAAAAAGAAAGAGAAGAAGAAGAAGAAGAAGAAGAAGAAGCAAAAGCUCAUGUCAAAGCGUAAACACCAAGAGAAGGCAGAUGCCAAGGAUUUGGCCUCGCUGCGGCAGUGUCUGGGACCUGGCUGUGUGUAUCCUACCCGGCCAGGCUCCAAGUACUGCUCAGAUGAUUGUGGCAUGAAGCUCGCAGCUGACCGCAUCUAUGCGAUUCUGCCCCAGCGCAUCCAGCAGUGGCAGAAGAGCCCCUGUAUUGCUGAGGAGCGUGGCAAGAAAAUGCUUGAGCGCAUCCACCAAGAGCAGCAGGACACUCGCACCCGCCUGAAGGACAUGGAGUGCCAUUUCUAUGAACUUGAGGCCAUAAUUCUGCGUGGCAAGCAGCAGCCUGUGUGCAAGGAUGAGGAGAUCAACAAAAGUAACAGGAACAAUGCAAACCUGCAGAUCUUCUGUGUCUCCUGCGGGCAGUCAAUUAACAUGCAUGUCGCCCUGCGCCACAUGGAACACUGUUUUGUCAAGUAUGAAGGCAAGUCGUCCUUCGGGUCCAUGUAUCCCACUUGCAUUGAAGGGGCCACCAGGCUCUUCUGUGAUGUUUACAACCCAAAGAGUAAGAGGUACUGUAAGCGGCUUCAGGUGCUGUGUCCUGAGCACUCGAGAGAUCCCAAGGCAUCAGAUGAUGAGGUGUGCGGUUGCCCACUAGUGCACAAUGUCUUUGAGUUCACUGGUAAUUUCUGUCGCCUACCUAAACGUGUGUGCAACCUCCACUAUUGCUGGGAGAAGCUGAGGCGUGCUGAGGUGGACCUAGAGCGUAUUCGCACGUUGAACAAGCUGGAAGAGCUACUUGAGCAGGAGCACAAGGUGCGCACAGCUAUGACAAACCGGGCAGGGCUUCUGGCCCUGAUGCUUCACCAGACAGUCCAGCAUGACCCGCUCACCACUGACCUGCGCUCCAAAGCAGACAGCUGAGCCCUGCUCGACUGAGAUCCUGUACCCAACACUCCGUGCAAGGGAGACACUCAAUGAAUUCUUCACACACUAGUUCCUAUAACCACUUUUUUCUUAGGUCAUCUUAGAGUUUCUCUGUGUUUCUCUGUUCGCCAUUUGGUCUCCUGUCUCUGCUUGCCCCUGGAUGGGAAGGGGUCCUCAAAAUCGCUCUCUGUUGCCAUCAUUCCCCAUCCCUCUCUCUCUUUCUUCCCUGAAACUUGGCAGGGCCAAGGAUCUGCCCUGCCUUCAUCCCCCACUGUCCAGAAUUUUGUUGACAAACUUUGGAAGAACAAAGGAUAUUAAUAUCCCCUGAUUGCCCUCUAACCUGUCUCUUUGGCCACAAACCCAAUUUCAAACCUCUGAUGGCGGUGGGUGGCAGUGCAACUGUACUUAGGAGGAGGCUGCAGUGCACAUGCAGAGUGGCUGUGAAGUGACACCCACUCAGGGCUCAGUGGGCCCUCUUCUGUCAGGGGAGCUAUGACCUUAUGAAGAAGGCGCCAAUGGCUUCUGUUCCUGGCAGUCCCCCAUUCUAGGCCAUCAGACGUGUAGUUGGCACCUGAUUAGUGCACAGCCCAUUCAUCAACUUCUAUGCAGUCGUUAAUAUUCCCCAGGCCAAAGGUGUUACAAAAAUGGGAUGGGAGAUAGAUGAGUGUAGGAUAAUCCCCCCCUGAUGAUUCCACUUUGGGACACUGAGGAGGAUUCAAGGUAUCAUGGCAGUCACGCCCCUGCCCAUGUUGUUCCACACCUUAUCAUCAUAUGAGGUCCCAGCUCUUUUUGUCAGCCUUGGCGCCUGCCAGUCCAGUCCUGGUCUGUCUCCCCCAGCACUUCCUAUCACAUCCUCUCCUGCUCCCUCCACCACACUGCUCUGGGUCUGUCCUUUCCAGCCUGCCCUGUACAUUGAAGCCCCUUGUGGUCAUGACCAUUUCACACCUAUGGAGUUGCCAGAGGAAGACUGAGACCUCUGCCAUAUCUGCCUUUGUCAGCCCCAGCCAGGUCUCCUGUGGAGGUGUGUCCGAUAAUGCUGCCUGUGGGUACUGGUAUGUUUGAAAUGAGAGACUUGAACACUUUUCUUAACUUUUCUCUACUCACUGGUCCCUUAUGAUUUUUUUCAUUCAUCUUCAUAAUUCCUUUUUUCCAGGGACUCACACAUUUCACUUAAAUGGUUAGGUAUGUUGCUCUUGACUUAUACCCAAUAGUCCCCCAUAGUUAGUUUAUAUUACUACCUAACCUCAUGUAAUGUCUCCCCUUUAAAUUACUAAUUAGUGCACUUUUGUACUUCUCUUGAUCAGAUUUUCCAGGGGCUAAGCCACAUAAUUAAUUGAUUAUUUGAAAGAACUGGCUUUUUAAUUUAUUCAUAUUCCUUAUUAUAUUUAUUUUAUUUAUUUAAACUUUCAUUUUUAUUAAUUCCCGCUUCUUGAUAUUUUGUUUGGUGUUUCAUUUUCAUAUGUUUACUUCAUUUCUUUGUUCUUGUUCUGAUCUUUUGAAGCAAAUUCUUAACUCAGUUAUAUUAGUGUGUUCAGUCUCCUGUUUAUAUAAGUAUAAAUAAAUAUAGAUAGAUAUAGAUGAUACAGAUAUAGAUAGAUAUAGAUAUAGAUAUAGAUAUAGUAAAGGAUUUCAGGCCACACACUUUCCUCUAAAUGCACUUAUAGCUCCUGAACUUUGGUAUGAAAGGUGAAACUUCAGAAUUGAUUUCUCACUUUGAUCCUAGCUGUUGAAGAAAGUUUCUUAGUGUCUAACUAUUAAGUAUUCAUUAUUUUUUCUUUCUUUUUUGUAAUUAUGAUUUUUCUAUGAUCAGAGAAUGUGGCCUGUUGAAUCUAAACUUGUAGGGGUGCCUGGGUGGCUUAGUUGGUUGAGUGUCUGACUUCAGCUCAGGUCAUGAUCUCAUGGCUUGUGGGUUCGAGCCCUGCGUUGGGCUCUGUGCUGCCAGUUCAGAGCCUGGAGCCUGCUUCAGAUCCUGUGUCUCCCUUUCUAUCUGCCCCUCCCUGGUUCACACUCUGUCUCUCUUACUCUGAAACAUAAAUAAGCAUAAAAAUUUUUUUUGAAAAAAAAAAAGAUUUUCUUUGUAGGUCAUAUAUUCCACUGAAUUGAAAAACUUU